UAGCUUCCGCCUUUUCCUCUGACAUCAUGCAAAAUCAAAGCUUUGUAACUGAGUUUGUCCUCUUGGGGCUUUCACAGAAUCCAAAUGUUCAAAAAAUAGGAUUUGUUAUAUUUUUGUUCUCCUACUUUGCAACUGUUGGGGGCAAUUUGCUGAUUGUGGUGACCAUUAUCAGCAGCCCAGCACUCCUGGGCUCCCCCAUGUACGUCUUUCUGGCCUUCCUGGAUGUGUGCUAUUCCUCUGCAUUCGCCCCAAAGAUGAUUGUAGACUCACUCCACGGGAGGAAAACCAUCUCCUUCGAGGGCUGCAUGACCCAGCUCUUUGCUGAAUAUUUAUUUGCUGGUGCUGAAAUAAUUAUUCUCUCUGCCAUGGCUUAUGACCGCUAUGUUACCAUUUGCAAGCCAUUGCUCUACCUCUCUCUCAUGAACGGGAGGCUCUGUGGUAUCCUGAUGGGGGUAGCCUGGACAGGAGGCUUCUUGCAUUCUGUGAUACAAAUUCUCUUUACUUUCCAGCUGCCCUUCUGUGGCCCCAAUGUCAUCAAUCACUUCCUCCGUGAUUUGUACCCAUUACUGGAGCUUGCCUGCACUGACACUCACAUACUUGGCCUUUUGGUGGUUGCCAGUAGUGGGUUUAUUUGCAUCAUAAAUUUCUCAUUGUUGCUUAUCUCUUAUUGUGUCAUCUUGUUCUCGCGAAGAACACAUAGCUCUGAAGGCCGGAGGAAAGCUCUUGCCACCUAUGGAUCUCACAUUUCUGUUGUGGUUUUAUUCUUUGUCCCAUGCAUAUCUCUAUAUGCCCGACCUCCAUCUGCUUUUUCCUUCGAUAAGCUGGUGGCCAUAUUUUACACCAUUGUAACUCCCCUGCUCAAUCCUGUGAUUUACACUUUCAGGAAUAAGGAAGUGAAAAACGCCAUAAGGAAGUUGUGGACCAAAUUGCUGGUGGUUUUUAAUUAAAAAUAAAACACUAAACAUAACAAAUUAAACCUUCCAGAAGAAAGAAAUCAAAAUGGGCUCAGACAAGAACUUUGUAGGGAAUGGACCUCGUAAGACAGAAGGAAAUGUAAUACAACACAAAAACACUGAUGUGGAGGUCUGGAAAUGCUCUUUGCAUCCUCAGAUUACUCAUCAUCUCAGAGUUGGCAGCUCAGUAUCCUUUUAUGUAAACUAAGGAGAGUUGAAUUUUUUUUUGCAGUUUUUUUUUUAAUAAUUUUUAUUGUACUUUAAGUGAAAGUUUAAAAAUCAAGACAGUCUCUCACACAAAAACCCAUAUAUACCUAGCUACACACUCCCAAUUACUCUCCCUCUAGUGAGGCAGCCCAUGCUCUCCCUCCACUCUCUCUUUUCGUGUCCAUUUCCCCAGCUUCUA